AUGUCAGGAAAUCGAGCUGGAGAAGAGAGGGGACGUGAUUUGGGAACCCAAACAUUUCCCUCAGCUGGCCCAAUCCAUUCGACAGCGACGACUGCAUCAGGAGAUUUCUUUGAAGAUGAGUUGAGAGGUUACAGAUUGUUGCGGGCAUGUCGUUUGAGCGGCCAUGAGAGACAGAACGUUUUGGUACAAACAGCCAACUCCACCAGCUUCCAUCUUGUGAGAAGAGCUUUGAGGACACUCUACAAUGACGAGACCUCGGAGAGACAGCAAGUUGGAGCAAAGCGGAUUUGGUGGACUGACAGUUUUGUUGGACAGGAUUGGUAUGAUGAAGAUGACAUUGAAGGACCGUCGGACGAUCUCUGGUGGUCAGACUGGGCUUGGAGCGAAUGGCAUCAAGAUGAUGAUGGCAGUCCGACGUACUGGACAGGCGAAGACUGGACCGAGGACUGGUGGCAGGACGCAUGGUACGUUGAAGACGAAGACCUGUAUCCUGAUGAGACAUCAGCUGAUCCGGAGGAAGCACAGUUGUCAGAGGCCUUCGCCAUUGCCAACGAGGCAGUCAGCAGAGCAGACUUGGUUGGGACCUCAUUGGGAGCCAUCUCAUUCUAUGUGUUGGGAGGAAUGGCCAAAGCAACACCGAUGUCUCAAGCCGUUUGCAGUGUCUGGCCCAAAGGCUUCGUGAUUUGCAGGUUCACCGCACGCUUGGACAUGACCACCCGGGCACCAACGGCAUGCGACGAUCCAAGGCACUCUGGCUAUCCCUGCUUUGGGGACCACAAGGAGGGCCGCCAGCGAACGAACCAGUUCGCCACAUGGGUGAGUUGCGCCAAGUGCGGACUGCGGACGCUCUACAUGUCCAAGGACAAGAGCCAUGGAGAGAGACGAUUGAUGGGGCCGGAGCCACAUCUCAUUCGGCUUGCGCUGGAGGAGUUGCAGCAGACAGUAUUACCCGACCAUUGCACCGAGCAGAUGGUCAAUGGGAAGCUGAUGGAGAUCAAAGGAAAGAUGCUGCAGCUGGGGGUGAGUCAGACCAUGGCCAUCAACAUGACCUACACGGACUACAUGAAGAGGAUCGAGCAACAUGGUCGAGCAGAUGGCAAGUCGGUCACCCAGAUCACUCAGGAGCACUCGGCGAGGAUCACUGCAAAGGCGGCGGCCAAGUCAAUGGCAACGUCAUCAAAUCCAAAGGAGAUGGAUGCAGUGGAGACUCGAGCCUACUUGGAGGCGGAGAACUACGAGCUGAGGCGUCGAGCGGAGAGAGCCGAGGAGCUGGCCACAGAGGCAAUGCGCAGGACCGAACUGCUGGGACAAGAGGCGCGACGGGCCAACCAGGAGCAGCGUCGCAUUGGCCAGAUGGCGGAGGAGGCCCGUCAGGCCCUGGGCAGUGGAGUGAUCACGAUCCCCAGCGACAGCGAGAAGGAGACGGUGCCGGGUUCACCAUCAGCCCUGCCGAUCCAGACCAAGAAGGAAGCAGCCGAGAAGAAGGACGACGGCAAGGAGGGCUAUGGGACCGGAUCUGGGUCCUGA